AUGCACCAAGCAGUCGUAACAACGAAUCGCCAUAGAAAGGAGGCAAUUGAAAGGAAAAUGGUUAAGAAGGAUGUGAGGACAAUCAUAGGCGAAGAUGGUUCAAAUAUGUAUGUGGCAUCACUAGUAGAGGAGAAGCUAAAUGCUUUGGUGGAUGACGUCAAGCAGGGGCUAAUGGAGGCAGGAUAUACAGAAGACCAAGUGAUGGAGAUUAUCACAAUCUACCGCAAACAACGAAAAGUGUUGAGACUGAAGGUCUCCCGAGUACCAUCAGUAAAGGAAGGUGGAGAGAUGGAGUCCCAAGCUAAAGUGAUUUCAUAA